AUGGAGAAGCCAAAAGUUGAACAAUGGCGACCGGAGCUGCUCCCGAUGCCGGCAACGUUCAGGCCACCGGAGACGCCGCUCGAACCAAUGGAGUUCUUAUCACGUUCAUGGAGUGUUUCGGCUUUGGAAGUUUCAAGGGCUUUAGCUCCUCCUCCUCCUCAUCCCUCAUCUGCCCAUCAAAUGUUCUUAAAAGGCUCUUCCAGUGGUAACGUCGUCAUACAAGAAGACAUCGCCGGCGAGCAGAAGCUCGAAGAAAACGGCAUCGUUUCCGGCAACCCUUUCUCCUUCGCUUCCUCUGAAACUUCCCAAAUGGUCCUCGAGAGAAUCAUGUCGCAAUCGCAAGAAGUAUCUCCGAGAACAUCAGGGAGGUUAUCUCAUAGCAGUGGACCAUUAACCGAUAGCCCACCAGUUUCACCUUCGGACAUUGAUGAUGUUAAGCAAUUUUGCCGUGCCAAUAAUUCCCUCGGCAUGCAGUACCGUACUGGCACGGCAGCUACUCCCGCUACGACCGCCGUGACGGGCGGUGGGAAGACGGUGGGGCGUUGGCUGAAGGAUAGGAGGGAGAAGAAAAAGGAAGAGACGCGUGCUCAUAACGCUCAGCUACAUGCCGCCAUUUCCGUGGCGGGAGUUGCCGCGGCCGUGGCAGCUAUUGCGGCUGCCACUGCAGCCUCCUCGUGUGCCGGCAAAGACGAGCAGAUGGCGAAGACGGACAUGGCCGUGGCAUCGGCUGCCACCCUCGUUGCUGCACAAUGCGUGGAGGCUGCAGAAGCUAUGGGAGCUGAACGCGACCAUUUGGCCUACGCCAUCAGCUCUGCCGUCAACGUCCGGUCUGCUGGCGACAUCAUGACCUUAACCGCUGGUGCAGCAACAGCAUUACGAGGGGCAGCCACUCUAAAGGCAAGGGCGUUGAAGGAAGUAUGGAACAUAGCAGCUGUAAUCCCCGUUGAUAAUAAUAAAAAUGGCAGCAACGGCAGCAACCACGGUAGCUCUAAUGGCAGCUUUAGUGGUGAGCUUCCACCGGAAGAGAAUUUCCUGGGGAUCUGCAGCAGGGAAUUGCUUGCUCGAGGCUGCGAGCUUCUCAAGCGCACCCGUAAAGGUGAUCUUCACUGGAAAAUCGUCUCCGUUUACAUAAACAGAAUGAAUCAGGUUAUGCUAAAGAUGAAGAGCAGACAUAUAGCUGGGACCAUAACGAAAAAGAAAAAGAAUGUGGUGUUGGAGGUGAUUAAAGAUAUGCCGGCAUGGCCCGGACGGCACUUGCUAGAGGGCGGGGAGAACCGGAGAUACUUUGGGUUGAAGACGGUGAUGCGCGGCGUGGUCGAGUUCGAGUGCAAGAGCCAGAGAGAGUAUGAUAUAUGGACCCUAGGUGUGUCAAGGUUGCUCUCCAUUGCUGCCGAGAAAAACACCAGGAAUAGGGUUUGAAAA